UGAGUGAAGUUAUUUUCAAUUUGGAUUUGACAUGACAACAUUGCUCGCAAAUAAGUUUACACACAUUUUUCAAAACAUGUAUUCAAAAUGAAUUUUAAAUUAGCUAUGCAGUUAAGAAGAGUCUCCAACCUCACUCCAAAACGAAGGGUAGUGGUAACAGGCCUCGGCGUUGUAAGUCCACUUGGAGUGGGCACGGAUUUGGUAUGGAACAACCUAUUGAAGGGUCAAAGUGGAAUCGUCCCACUUCAAGGUGAAGAAUAUUCGAAGCUUCCAUGCAAAGUAGCAGGUGUCAUUCCAUAUCAAAAAGAUGAUGCUAUUUCAAAAGCUUUGUCUAAAUCAAACCUUAGGACUAUGGCUCCUGCAACUUGUCUAGCUUUGUUGGCUACAGCAGAAGCCCUUUCUGAUGCCAAAUGGUUACCGGAAGCAGAAGAGGAUAGAGAAUCAACUGGUGUCGCAAUUGGUAUGGGAAUGAUAGAUCUCAAAGAUGUUUGUGAUACAAAUGAUGCGUUAAAAUUGGGAUACAAUAAAGUAAGUCCUUUUUUUGUUCCACGUAUUUUGCCAAAUAUGGCUGCUGGGCACAUUAGUAUCAAAUAUGGACUAAGAGGCCCAAACCAUGCAGUAUCAACUGCAUGCGCAACUGGUGCUCACUCCAUCGGAGAUGCAUUUAGAUUUAUUCGCAAUGGGGAUGCAGAUGUAAUGGUUUGUGGAGGAGCCGAAGCUUGUAUAAGUCCACUUGCAAUUGCAGGUUUUUGCAGACUGAGAGCACUGAGCACUUCCUUCAAUAAUGAACCAUCUAAAGCUUCAAGACCUUUUGACAAACUUCGAGAAGGGUUUGUUAUGGGAGAGGGUGCAGCAGUGCUAGUUUUAGAAGAGUAUGAACAUGCACUAAGAAGAAAUGUGAAAAUGUAUGCUGAGAUUUUAGGCUAUGGUUUAUCAGGAGAUGCAUCACAUAUUACUACACCUAGAGAAGAUGGCAGUGGAGCUUUAUUAUCAAUGAGCAGAGCAUUAAAUGACAGUAAUAUUGAGAAAAAAGAUGUCUCCUAUGUUAAUGCUCAUGCAACUUCAACACCAAUAGGAGAUGGUAUAGAGUCUACUGCUAUAAAGAGGCUCUUUGAAGACCAUAGUCCGAACAUAAAUAUUUCCUCUACCAAAGGAGCCCAUGGUCAUUUAUUGGGUGCUGCAGGCAACUUAGAAGCAAUUUUCACUGCACUUUCAUGUUACCAUGGAAUAUUACCACCCACACUAAAUUUAGAAGAUCCUGUGGAUGAUAUGAACUAUGUAGCGAAACAAGCAAAGAAAUGGGAAUCUGAAAGGAGGAUUGCUUUGAAAAAUUCAUUUGGUUUUGGUGGCACCAACGCUACACUUUGUAUAAGUCAAUUAUGAAAUUUGUAAAUAGAAAUAUAUUGAAUAAAACAAAUAAUAUAAUCACUGUUGAUAAUAUAUUUUAAAACUGA